AGUUAGAGCCUAGCUAGCCUAUCUACUCUGAUGAUGUUAGGAUGUUACUGAUUUCUGAGGGAGCUGAAAAGUUCAUUGCUAAUCAGGUGUUUAUGAAUCUGUCGUCUUCUCUUACGCAGAACAAAUAACGUUAAAGCUACACUCAGUCCACACAUGCGAAAUCUUAUUCGAAUAUUAAAAAGCCUGGUUGGUGGUGGUGGAUAGCAGAGGGAAAUAUGGCCAGUUUGCAGAAUAUGAAUGCUGUUCGGCAAUAUACUCUUGGCGUGGCACUGGGCACCGUUCCAGUGUACCGCCGUUUCCGUCAUAUAGAAUUUGCGAUCAGUUCACUCCCUCGAACACCCACGAAUAAUAAUGUGCGGGCUCCGUAGCGAUCAUACAAACUACUUGGACGUUGUGGGGGUCAAAGCAGCUGUCCCGAGUAGGCUGUUGCGAGAUGCCUCUCUUUCGUCAAUCAGAGGUGAAGGGGCAAACCGAGGGUGAAAGGCGCGUGGGAGGAAAGAGGAGGAAGUGCAAGUUUAAAGGUAGUGAACGCCAUGUAACACUAUCAAGGCUGUGUCUCCUGAGCAUUGCAGAAAAUAUGAAUGAUGUGUGGGUCCGUGACUAUGCCCAAAACUACAUGGAUCAGUAUUUUUUCAGAUACAUCAUGGGGCCUUUCAGCCAGCUACCUUCAGAUCUACUAGAGGAGCUCUUGUCUCUGUUGGCAUCACGGCAGCUAGUGAGCCGGGCUGCCCUGCACCUCAUGUUGGUUCCCCAGCUGCGUCACCUCUCUCUGGGCCGCUGCCCCGGUUUGGUAACAUCCAACCUGUGUGCCAUCAUUGGAGCACGCUGCCAGGCCCUGCUGUCUCUGGACCUCAGAGGCGCAGUGGGGGUCUCCUCCCCAGUCUUGCAGGAGCUCCUGGGGUCUCUGGCCAGCUUGCGCUCCCUCAGUCUGGCCGGGAGCUUGUGUGACGGCCGGGUUCUGCAGACACUACCGACCCAGUGUCCCCUGCUUCGCCACCUGGACGUCAGCCGCUGCCACCACCUGUACCCCGUCAGCCUGCUGUUCCUCUCCCCCAAGCACCCCCAGAGCCCUGGCCUGACAGCCCUCCGUAGCCUGCUAGCCCUGGAUAUAGGCUUUGGGGAGUGGGAGGAGGACGGGCUAGCCACUGCAGUCUUCCUCCUCCUCAGCCUGCCUUGGCUGGAGAGGGUAGCCCUUGAGGCCCUGGGAGAAGCCUGUGUUCUCCUCCGGGAUGGGGAUUUUCAAAAGGUCGAGGAGUUCAUCUGCCGCACACAGAUGCCUAACUUUAGGGACUUGUGGACAGAGAGAGCCAAUGGUGACAAUGUCACGGGCAUGGAAAAAGCGGAAGAGGAGAGCUUUUCUCUGUCUGAGGCAACUAACAGUUGUUUAUGGAUUCAGGACAGUGAAGAUGAAGACGACGGAGAAUCUGACGGGAGAGAAGGAGCUUGCCAUGACUUCACAGGUGCGAUGACUUCGGAGAACACAAGGGGCAAUGGGGCGCUGAAACUGCAACAAGGAGACAGUUUAGAGGGGGUCUGUCUAACAUUGCCUCUUAGGCAAGUCCAAGGAGUAUCAUUUGGAACUCUGGGCCCCCUGGGGCAGCUGUGCCCUGACCUGUCCGUUCUGACGCUGGACUACUCCGAGGAGGAAGAGACCGUGUCUGGUGACCGUGUGGCCAGGGAGCUGGCUAGGUGGUCGGCCAGUUUGCGGAAUCUGACCCUGAGAUUCCCAGGGCCCUUGUCUGAGAUGGCACGUAGCGUAGCGGCCGUCGGCACCUCCCUGACGUCACUCACUUUGGAGGGUGUGCGGGCGGACGGACUCGACCCCCUCCUGCGCCUUUUCAACUCCUGUCCUCAGCUGACAACACUAACCAUUCACAUGGAACCUCCCAGAAUGCACCAGGAAGAGGAAGAUGAAGAUGAAGAGGAGGAGAGGGAAGAAGACCUUCAUGUCUUACCCUCGCUUCCUUGUCUCUCUUGUCUGGCACUGAACUUUGCUUUCGAUCAGCGGCAGAAAAGGACCCCCAUGUCUUGGCGAUCUCUGAAGGGAGCCUUGUGGGCCUUGCUGAAGGGCGCGCCCCUGCUGGAGACGGUCUCGCUGGUCGCCGCUCCGUGCCCCCUGGACCCUGUGUUUCGUCUGGUGCUGGAUCACCCUGCCGCCCCCAGGGGGGCUUCACAGAGCCCUGCGUUCCAGCACUUGCGGGGCUUGAAUCUGGCACGUUCUGAUGUGUCCAUGGCAACUGUGUCACGAUUAGUGGCCAUGGACAUCCCUUUGUCCACGCUGGACCUCAGUGGCUGCUGGGCUGUGACUCUCCAUGACAUCCGCCGUUUAGGAGACACCAGGAGACGUCAGAAGUUGCACGUCACAUGGACAUGAAGUCUGUAUAAGAGUGAAACACCUUGAGCAGUGCCUUUUGACAAUCAUGCACUUAAAACAAACGUUUUAAAUCUAUAAAUGAUCCUAUUCUACAAUAUGCACUAAUAAUUUAUAUCCAGCCACAGACCUUUGAUUACACUAUUUAAUGUUUAUAUUUCAGAUUUGAUUACUGUAGAAUUGAAUCAGCACUUUCCCUUGGAUUUGUAUCUCUGUGAUUAUAUCUGUUUUAUACCCUCAUCUCUUGUGUUCUGGGCUCUUCAAUUAAGAGGCAUGAGGAUCGACGUGUUAAAGAGACCCUAUGCAACUUUUUCAUUGUCAUAAAAUCGCUUAGAAAUCGUU